GGGUCGACAGCGGCAGCAGCGGCAGCGGCAGUAUCAGCCUCGGCGCAAGCAGCAGCAUGCCACAUGCAAUGGUGGUGGCGGUUGACGUGCUGCUGGCAGCGGCGGAGGCUGGCCAAGUGACCGUGCCGCGAGAGCUGACGGCCGCCGGCGCGCUGCAGCUGAGCCCCGCUGCGUUGCUGGCGGCGGCGGCGCGCGGCGGCUCAGUGCCUGUCGUGCGCUGGCUGCUGCAGGACUGGCUGGGCAUGGUGCCGCCGCCACUGCCGGCACCAAUCGCGCAGACGCCAGAAGGGGCGACGGAGGAGCACGGGGCUGGGGGUGGUUUGAACCAAGGUGGCGAGGCUUGGGCAGAGCUGGGCCGGGUUCAGGACAUGCUGUCCUCGCCACUGCGCCUUAUGCUCAGUAAGGAGCACCUACAGAGCCUGCUGGAGCCGCAGCUGCUGACCUGCGCCGCCGAGUCGGGCAGUGUGGACCUGGUGGUGUCGUGGCUGCGGGACACAUGUGCGGGGCUGCGCCUGCUGGGACUGCCGUGCAGCGGUGCGCGCGGCGGCGUCGGGCUACGUGGCGUACCUGCGGCUGCUGGUGGCGGGCGGGUGCCCUGUAUGUGGGCGGGGCGCAAGGCCGGGCGUACGACGUGGCAGCAGCCGACGGGGAUCGCCCCAUGCUGCGAGCUCUGGGGGACGUGGGCUGCCCCGCGGCCGCCUCCGCCUUCCGGUGCUGAGUGCUUCAUGUGGCAGGCGCGGCGGCUGCUCACGGUGCCGUUGUUGUUGCUGGACAAGUAAUAAGGCGCAGUGGGAGUGGAGGCGGAGGCGGAGGCCGGAGUGGAGGCGGGAGCCGCAGCGGGAGCGGUGUCAGCUGAGGCGGGAGGAGGCGGCGCAUCAGAGCGCGAUGGUGCCUGGGAGGCGCUGGUGGCACAUGCGCGAUCAUCGCGUGAGGGCGGGGACAGGCGUCGGGUGCUGGCUGGCCUGGCUGCAGCGCCAGUGGCGGCAGCAUGCAAUCGCGUGCGGCGAGUGGCAGUGGCGGCAGCAGGGGCUCCCCAGGUGACGCUAGCUAGAUAACGGUAGGGGCAACUAACAGUAGCAGCAUAAUCGGACGGUUUGGAGAAGGUCGGCAGCCAACUGGGGGGAGGACGGUUUCCCUUCGGGCCGGAGAUGGUUCCCUCCUGACCUGGGUGCUGGGCACCCUUGCUUGGUCGGACUGUCCCUUCUUGUAAUGUCGCAUUCAUAAUCGGAAAAGGUUUACUUGAGGGGUGUGUGAGGUUUGGCCACUGGCCAAGGCCAUAUGUUGCGGUCAUGCCCCGGCGCGCGAUGAACGAGUAGGGGAGCAGUGCGCAAGUGCGGUGAACAGGUUGUGACCGCAAGACUCCAGUGAGGAAGGAGAAGCAUUGCCAUGCAAGCCCUGUGAAAGGGGCUUGAAGAGGCGGACGGGAAGUAAGAGAGGCUAUGCGGGAAGAUGAGCAUGGCAGCGCAUGAUGUUAAUGUGGGUCGCACUUCUCCCGUGUGGGUCACGCUUGUCUGCACGCGGUGCCUGAGUGGCCGUGGCAUGAUCACGGAUGCACUGAGUACUGUGCAGGGGAGACACAGUACCAAGUGACUGGGAUUGUGGCCACGGAUUGUGGUGCAAGCUAGGCAAACACUUGGAGGUAGCCCCGUGUAGCCCAUUGUGGUGACGUGGAUUUGGGCUAAGUGGAGCGUCCCAUGUUUCCGCGGGGUUCAGGGAUGUGCACUUAUUCACAGGUGAUGCUGGUUGGCACUGGUUAAAAUCAGGGAUUGAACCCACGUUGAACCCAUGGUUGUAAUCGCUAGGAUGCGUGCACGGGCUGUCCCCUGACAGCGCGGUUGAUAAGGUUUGCAGUCCAUGCGGUAUAUGAACUAGGCGGAGCAGUUAGCGAAUCGGAUGAGUACUGCUCCGCCCUGUGGCUACCGACCUUCCGGUGCCGGGCGAACAGGUGCAGCGGACACGCGCGCCCGGGUGGCGCAGGCAGGCGCAGGCACAUGGCGGUGGCAGGCAGUGGGUCGGAGCAGCUAGUGGUCCCACUACACGCCCGCAGUUGUGUUUCGUUGCAGGAGAGCUGGCGGCGUAGGGGCUUGCUUGUGGCUGCAGCUAGCAGGACUACGGCGAGACAGGCAAUGCCUGGGUGAGAGGGUACGCCCUGUGCUUUCAGCGUGCUCCCAAGCUGUCGCUGCCUGACUGCCGCGUUUAGCGGCUUUCCGCUCCUUAUGUGCAUUUGCUUCAUAACUCUGCAAUGCAUGCAAUCUCUCGCAUAGAUAAUAGCAAGCUGGGCCUGUAGACGCGCGCGCUUCUGCUUUGGGCCGCGACGGCAAAGAGACAACUGCCGCCCGGCCCUGUUGCCGUGCAGCUGGAAGGCCUGGCAUGCGAAAUAUGUACUCUUGUUGAUCUCUUUGCCCGGUGGGUUUGGAUGAACGCAGCAGGUGUAGGGAACAGGGCCCUCCGCGAUGUGUUUGCCGCGCAACUGUGCUGCCCAAUUCGCGGGUUGCGACCUUGGCCUCUAUUGUGGGGU